AUGAAAUCACCUGUUCGUAAAGAAAAGAAACAUCAAACUCACAAUCCUACAUUACAAUAAGAUUAAUUCCAAUAGAAAUUAUUAUAUCCAGGAUAGAUUGUAGCAGGAAGAUUUAAAUUAAUUGAGAAAGUCGGAUAAGGUAGUUUUGGAUCGAUUUUUAAGACUGAAAACAUAGAGACAGGUGAAAUAUGUGCAACUAAAUUUGAAAAGAGAGAGUCAGCAAAAAAUAGUAUGAGUUUACUAAUUAGAGAAAUAAAGAUUUUAUUAGUAUUAAAAGGGAUUACAGGUAUUUAAAGUUAUUAUGCAAGGUUUUCCAUAGAUUUUACAUUAUGGAAGAGAUGAGAAUUAUAAUUUCUUUAUGAUUACAUAUUUGGGUUAGAAUUUAGAGUACUUGAUUAGAAAAACUAAGAAGUUUUCAUAGAUUAAUUGUUUAAGAAUAGGAUUAUAAUUACUGGAAAGAGUGGAAUAAUUACAUUAGAAGAAUUUAAUUCAUAGAGAUUUGAAACCAGAAAAUAUAGUGAUAGGAUGGUAGGAUAUUGAUAUUGUUUAUUUGAUUGAUUUUGGAUUGUCAAAAUUUUAUAAGGAUAAUCAAGGAAAUCAUAUUCCAAUGAUAGAAAAGAAAGGAAUCAUUGGUACUGCCAGAUAUGCAAGUAUUGGAGCACAUUUAGGUGAUAAAUAUUGAAUGUAAUUUUAGGUAGAGAGUAAUCUAGAAAAGAUGACUUAGAAUCUUUGGCAUAUGUACUCAUAUAUCUGAAUAAAGGGAAAUUACCAUGGAUGAAUUUACCUAUCUAAGAUAAAACAAUAAAAUAUAGUAAAAUACUUGAAUAAAAAUAAACAAUCUCUCAUGAAAAGUUAUGUGAUAAUCUACCUAAAUGUUAUUAUUUAUUAUUGUAACAUGCUAAAUCUAGAGAAUAUACUGAAUAACCUAAUUAUGCAUAUAUUAAAGAAUAAUUUUCAAAAGCAUUAGGUGAUUUAGAAUAAAUUGAUACUAUUUCUUUUGAUUGGGAAAAGUUACCUGAAUUAAAAUCUAAAAAAUCAAGAAAAUCUAAUUCAUAAAAAAAACCUAGUGAAAAAAAACCUAAAAUUUCUAUUUCUAAAGAACAUUCAAUAAUACAAGAACAUAAACAAUAAAUUUAAUUACCUUCUUUAUAAAUAAUUUAAUAAACUCAACAAAAAAGUCAGGUUUCCUUUCUCAAUGUGCCUGAUCUAGAAAGUUAAUCUCCAGAUACAGGACUUGAAAGAAAAAGCAGAGGGGUAUUUUAUAAUUAAUCAUUCAGUACCUAAGUAGAGGUAGUGCAGGGACUACUAGGUUGAUGAAUUAUGAUCUUAGUUAAAUUGAAGAAGACCAAAAUGAUGGAGACAAUUAGAAUCAUAUACCUUUUCUUAAUUCAAAAAAAUAGAGAAAAGAUCUAAAGAGUUUUUCUGUUAUGACAGAAAAUUAAGUCUUAAAACUUACAUCUUUUUGUAAACAAGCUGGUAAAAUUAUUGAAGAAUAAUAAAUUCAAGAAGUCAAUCAAUUUUAUGGAUCAUUUGAUAAUUUAGAUCUUAUUGCAAAUGAUGAAAUCAAUAUUUAAUUUAAAAAUAUUGGAGCUUUUUCCUUUAAAAAACAUUGA